UCUUCACCACUUUCCUACUUCUCUACACCUCUGUUUCUGCUUCAACAAUGAAGGUUACUACUACUACUACUCUAUGCUACAUUUUACUGUUAACCGCGAUAACGACCAACGCUCGUAUCCCCGGAGUCUACACCGGUGGCCCGUGGGAAACCGCCCACGCCACGUUUUACGGUGGCAGUGAUGCUUCUGGCACCAUGGGUGGAGCAUGUGGUUAUGGUAAUCUGUACAGCCAAGGCUACGGAGUGAACACCGCAGCGCUAAGCACCGCGCUGUUCAACAACGGGCUGAGCUGCGGUGCUUGUUUCGAGAUGAAAUGUACGGAUGAUCCUCAAUGGUGCCUUCCCGGCAAUCCUUCUAUUUUCAUUACCGCUACCAAUUUCUGCCCCCCGAAUUUCGCUCAACCUAGUGACGAUGGCGGGUGGUGUAACCCGCCUCGCCCCCAUUUUGAUCUCGCCAUGCCGAUGUUUCUUAAGUUCGCUAAGUACCGUGCUGGGAUUGUCCCAGUCUCUUACCGCCGGGUUCCGUGCCGAAAACAAGGAGGGAUCCGGUUCACCAUAAACGGUUUCCGCUACUUCAACUUGAUUUUGAUUAGUAAUGUAGCGGGUGCGGGCGAUAUCACCCAGGCGUGGGUAAAAGGUUCGAACACCGAGUGGAUGAGUCUUAGCCGAAACUGGGGUCAAAACUGGCAGUCGAAUGCGGUGUUGAUCGGACAAUCGCUUUCGUUCCGGGUUAGAGGCAGUGAUGGUAGAACUUCUACCUCCAAGAACAUUGUACCUUCCGAUUGGCAUUUUGGGCAGACUUUUACCGGAAAGAAUUUUCGGGUUUGAAAUUUGGAAUCGGGUUAAGACCCGGGUUGGUUGACGGGUCGAAAUAUCUAUUGGAAAAAGAAUAUAAUUGUUGUUUUUAAUUUAGGGAAAAAGAGAAAACAAUAGCGGAGUGCUUGUGUUGAUUUUUUGACUAUUGUAAAGUGCUUAUCCUUGUAAGGAAAGCUGAAGUGGCUAUGGUUGUUAUGUCUACGAGCCCGCAGCUUUGAAUAUUCUCUUUUUUAAAUAUACAUUAUAUAAACUUCAUGGCUUAUUAAUUAA